AUCCCUGGUCCCCUGCACUGAACUCCUUCAACUCUCCAGUUUUUUGCUUAUGUACACUCUGUGGUUUAGAACAGUUCCGUGACGUCAGCCUAGCCCCUCCUUCUCUUCAGCGGAACCGAGAGGGAAAUGGAGGAGUAUGCACGAGAACCAUGCCCGUGGAGGAUCGUGGACGACUGUGGAGGGGCCUUCACCAUGGGCACCAUUGGAGGGGGGAUCUUCCAGGCCGUCAAAGGCUUUAGAAACUCACCAGCUGGGAUGAACCACAGAUUGCGUGGGAGCAUGACAGCCAUCAAGACCAGGGCUCCUCAGCUUGGAGGCAGUUUCGCGGUGUGGGGGGGCCUCUUCUCCAUGAUCGACUGCGGGCUGGUGAAGGUGCGGGGGAAGGAGGACCCCUGGAACUCCAUCACCAGCGGAGCCAUGACCGGGGCCAUCCUGGCCGCCAGAAAUGGGCCUGUUGCCAUGGUGGGCUCGGCGGCGAUGGGAGGAAUCCUGCUGGCCUUGAUAGAGGGAGCGGGAAUCCUGCUCACCAGAUUUGCCUCCUCGCAGUUCCCCACAGGCCCCCAGUUUCCCGAGGACCCGGCCCCGAUGCCUGCCCCCACCUUCGGAGAAUACAGACAGUAUCAGUGAGGGGAAUCCUGCCGUCCCUCUCUCCUAGGAUUUUUAAAAUACCUCCACGACCUCGCGUUUCCAGUGCCGACUCAAAUGGACGCCGGGAACUUCGGCAGAAGGAACUCUCUCCGGUGCAACCCAACUUUAAGGAUUACAUUUUUUACUUACUGUUUUUUUUUCUGAACCAUCAAUGCCAUCUGUUGAAUAGCCUUAUCUGUUGCAUGUUCUCCAGGAUCAAUUUGCAAAUGUUGGUGAUCAGUAUGAAAGAGGAAAUGAUGUCAGUUGAGUGGCAUAAAAGGGUUGUAUUGGGAUUUAAGACACAAUGGACUCUAAUCUCUAACAUGCUUCAGUGUCUUAGUGGGUUAUGUCAGCAGGCCGACUUCCACUUUUAAAUAUUUGGAAGCGUACAGAUAACCAUUUUUUAAACAGAAGAGCCUUGGGCUAUAUCAGUUUUAAUUGGUGGUUUUGUGAGCUAGCUUUGGAGUUCCAUUGCGUCCCCCUGCUCAGUGUCACUGUUACUAGGUAGUCUGGUGACCAGUGCCACUCCUGAGUCAUGUGACUAACCCCGUGGCACAAUCGACGACCUUUAGUGAAUGUGUGUAAUUAUUGUGUAUGUGUGAGAGAUCGAGUGAGUGCGUGAGUGCGUGAGUGCGUGAGUGCGUGAGUGAGUGACUGAGUGACUGAGUGACUGAGUGACUGAGUGACUGAGUGACUGAGUGACUGAGUGACUGAGUGACUGAGUGACUGAGUGACUGAGUGACUGAGAGAGAGAGUGAGCUUUUCAUUUUUGCUGAGUAUGUAUAGCAACGGAGAGAGACGCCACAAUACCUCCGCCUGACAGCGAACCUGGUCCUCGUCAUCCUGUUGAGAAGAAGGCCGGCUGUUACAGAUGAUUUAUUUAUUUAAUCUUCAUUACAGUAGCUGGUGCUCUGUGUGCGUGCGUGCGUGCGUGCGUGCGUGCAGUAGCUGCGAAUGGUGGACAUGCUUUGGGUGCGUUAUGAGGACCAUGAUGGAAGCCAGGACUGUGUGCAGAGAAGGGUCAGUGCAGCUGAGGCCAAAGGCAGUUUACUGUGCAGACCUGCGGUGUGAAUUCAGCCAUAAUGCUGGUGUUUCACUCUGGGUCUGUGCCACACGCAAGAUCUGUGUGACAGAUUGGACAACAUAAAAUAAAAAUCGAGGCACAAUGA